UAAUAGGCAUUGUGACAAGACUGUAUGUCGGUUAUGUAGAGGACAGCCAACCCAAGCUGUGACAAGACUAAUGUGUUGCCUAUGUGUUAAUGCAGGCGUGAAAGAACUGCAUGUUGCCUUUGCUUCUAUCUUGGCAGCGGAGGGGUUACUGUACGUGUGCGGGUCCGGGCGCAGUGCAGGCAGCACGUGCGGGUGAGGAAGUCCCCGGGCUCCGGCAGCAGCAGCAGAUCUGACUGUGAGACAGGGGAGGGGGGAGGCGGCGGUGUGGACACGGGAGGAUGCCGGGGAGAGACUCGCUGCAUGUGAGCAUCCGAGCACACACAGCUCACAUCUCCUAACAAAGCAUUGCUUCCCCAGCACUACGGACCCAGCUGAGACACCAGCCGGCACGGCAGCCUUCGUGCAGCGUCCGCAUCCAUCAGGGGAGAGCCGUCCUGCAGCAGGGUCCCCACCGGCUAUCGGCACUCACUCUACUGCACAAUGCAACCAGCCCUUGGCCAGGAGGUGACAGCUGUGACCCUACGGAGAAGCAGCCAUCACCCAGCCGCAGGAUCGCGGAGCGUGUAGAAGUGCGGCUACAGUAUGCUGCGUGUGAGAGACACUGCAGGGGAGGAAGUGUCCCGCAGCCAGCACAUCUCACUGCAGAACCGGGGACCGGCUACUGGCUGCAGUCCCACUCAUAGUGACCCUACAGCACAGUCCCAGCAAUAAUCCAGUGACAGCACAGUCCCAGCAGUAAUCCAGCACAGAUCUGCUGCAAACUCAGUCACCUUCACAGCAAAGGUUUCCCAUCCUAAAGCACACAUCACCAACUAUCUCUGCGACCCCAAAGUAAUGCCCCCCUACCUAUUAAUGUACCCUACAGGAUAGAUAUGCCAAAUAGCUGAGCCAUCUGGCAUAUAUUCCCCACUGAAAGGUGUCCCCACAACAAAGACCCCUUAGCUCAGUGGUCCUAUAGCACAGUCCAGGCACCAUGAGAUGCCAGUGGCACACACAGACCGCUGAGUGACUGGGCAGCACACAGGGCAUGGGCAGGAUAUAGAAGACUGCAGGAAGACUGAAGGGCAUCGCGAGGAUCCUAGUCUAUUGCUUGGUGUGGGCUGUGUCAGCUGCCUGAGAACUGUGGUUACAGAUACAGCAGCUCAUUUCCUAUGGAUCACUGCUAUGCCAGGCUGAGGUCCUAAGCACUAUAGUAUGGCGGAUGGUCGAAACCCUGCAUCCAAUGCAGCUGCAGUAGCUGCUGUGGUGGGACUUUUGGGGGUGCAGGAUGGGGGCACCUGCGCCUCCGGUGGUCUGGAGAUGACUGAGCGCGGUGGAGAGGAAUUGGUGGUGAAUGGAAGAUACUCAGAGGAUAGUCCUCACUCGGGGAGGAGCAGCAGGGACCACUCAGGAGAAAGAGGACAGGGAUCACUGAGAACACCUGGCAUAAUGAAGGAUGGAUCACGUCAGAAGCAAAAGAAAACAGUGUCUUUCAGCACAAUGCCCAAUAACCGGAAGAUUAACAGUACUGCUGCUUGCAUCUCCUUUAUGAUGGAAGGAUGUGAGAUGAAGAAAGUGCGUUCCAACUCCAGGAUGUACAAUCGAUUUUUCCUUCUCGACCCAGAUAUGCGUUUUCUACGAUGGGAACCUUCUAAAAAAGAUUCAGAAAAAGCCAAACUGGAGAUAAAAUCUAUUCGGGAGGUGCGUGUAGGAAAGAAAACUCCAGUUCUGAGAAGUAAUGGAUUGUCUGACCAUUUUCCGGAAGAAUGUGCCUUUUCUAUAAUUUAUGGAGAGAACUAUGAAUCAUUGGAUCUUGUUGCUAGUACAGCUGACAUUGUCAACACUUGGGUGAUGGGGCUUAGGUACUUGGUUUCUUAUGGAAAGCACACACCAGAUGUUCCAGGAGCCAAUCAAAAAAGCUUGAGGACUCUGUGGAUCUCAUCUCUAUUUGAAAUUGCAGAUAUAGAGAAAGAAGGACAGAUUCCAUUGUCUAGAGCCAUUCAACUUAUCACAGGGCUUAAUCCAGGUAUGAAGACAGCAACAGUAGAGUUAAAGUUUAAAGAAGUGCAGAAAGUCAGUGAAAAGUUUAAAGGUAAUGUUAACUGUGAUGUGUUUGUAGAGGCUUACUGUGAACUGUGUACAAGACCUGAGAUCUUCUUUCUACUGGUGCAAUUCUCUAGCAAUAAAGAAUACUUGGACUUAAAAGAUCUUAUGAUAUUCAUGGAAGUGGAACAAGGUAUGGAAGAAGUUAAUGAAAAUACAUCUCUGGAAAUCAUCAGUAAGUAUGAACCCUCUAAAGAAGGAUGCGAAAAAGGUUACCUUACAAUUGAUGGAUUCACUCGCUAUCUUCUUUCUUCAGACUGUAAUAUAUUUGACCCUAUCCAUAAAGUGGUUUGUCAAGACACAACUAGACCAUUAUCUCACUACUACAUAAAUUCUGCUCAUAAUGCAUGUCAACUAGAAGACCACUACUGGGGUUCAUCAGAUAUCAGCGGAUACAUACAUGCCCUUAAAAUGGGGUGUCGCAGUAUUGAACUUGUAGUUUGGGAUGGUCCGGAUAAUGAACCUCUUAUAUACCUUGGUCUCUCUGUGGUAUCACAGGUGGCUUUCCGAAGUGUUAUUAGUGUCAUAGACAAGUAUGCAUUUGAAACGUCAGAGUACCCUUUGAUUCUUUGCUUGGUAGUUCAUUGCUCUGUAAGACAACAGCGGAUCAUGGUCCAAUGUUUAAAAAAGAUUCUUGGGGACAAACUUUACAAGAAUCCACCAUGUCCUGAUGAAAAUUAUUUGCCAUCUCCAGAACAACUUAAAGGCAAGAUUCUAAUAAAAGGUAAGAAGCUGCCACCAGAUAGCUCUGACUCAGAGGGAGAUGUGACAGACGAAGAUGAAGGAAUGGAGAUAGCUAGGAGACUCGGUCAUGAUGGCAGAGAGCAGCUCAACGGAUCUGGUCACAGAAAGCUGCGUCUCUGUAGAGAACUCUCAGACCAAGUUAACCUGUGCCAGUCAAUAAAGUUUAAGGACUUUGAAAUAUCAAGAAGAAACCAAAAAUACUGGCAAGUGUGCUCUUUUAAUGAGGUCACUGCCAGUCGCUUUGCCAAUGAGUACCCUGAAGAAUUUGUUAAGUAUAACAAAAGAUUCCUGUCAAGGGUGUACCCAAGUUCAAUGCGAAUAGAUUCGAGCAAUAUGAAUCCCCAAGAUUUCUGGAAGUGUGGUUGCCAAAUUGUGGCUAUGAAUUACCAAACUCCAGGACUUAUGAUGGACCUGAAUACUGGAUGGUUCCGUCAGAAUGGAAACUGUGGCUAUGUUCUACGACCCUCAAUAAUGAGGGAAGAAGUAUCAUAUUUCAGCGCCAAUGCUAAAGACUCAUUGCCUGGUGUCUCAGCUCAGUUGCUACAUCUCAAAAUCAUUAGUGGUCAAAACCUUCCAAAACCCAAAGGAUCGGGUGCGAAGGGUGAUGUGGUAGAACCAUAUGUCUAUGUAGAGAUACAUGGAAUACCUGCUGACUGUGCAGAAAAUCGGACAAAGACAGUAACUCAGAAUGGAGACAAUCCCAUAUUUGAUGAGAGCUUUGAGUUUCACAUAAAUCUUCCAGAGUUGGCUAUCCUGCGGUUUGUGGUUCUAGAUGAUGACUACAUUGGGGAUGAGUUCAUAGCCCAGUAUACUAUACCAUUUGAGUGUUUGCAGACUGGCUUUAGACAUGUCCCUUUGCAGUCUUUGACAGGAGAAUUCCUUCAAAACACCACUUUGUUUGUCCACAUUGCUAUUACCAACCGGCGAGGUGGAGGAAAGGCUCACAAGAGGGGGCUCUCCGUGCGUAAGGGAAAAAAGGUUCGUGAAUAUACUUCAACAAAGACUACAGGAAUCAAAGCUAUUGAUGAGGUGUUUAGGACGGCCACUCAGAAUCUACGGGAAGCAACUGAUCUUCGAGAAAAUGUCCAGAAUGCUUUGGUGUCUUUCAAGGAAUUGUGUGGCCUAAGCCCAGCUGCAAACAUGAAGCAGUGUAUUCUUGCUGUGUCUGCAUGGCUUCUGAACAGCGACAGUCCUCUCACUGUUACACUCAACCUCCAUUCCCAGUACCCACUGUUGGAGGCACAAGGACCAGUGCCAGAUCCUUUAAAAAAAGUCCUUACUUCGUAUGAGGCGUUUAUACAGGCCAGUCGAACAUUGAUAGAGACUUCAGAUGCUAUUUACAGCAAAAUAAUUCAAGUGCAAAAAGCAGGGAUGGGCUUUCAUGAAGACCUCCAUCGGAUCGGUGCCAAAGAAGGAUUGAAGGGCAGGAAGCUGCAGAAAGCAAUGGAAAGCUUUGCCUGGAAUAUUACUGUACUGAAGGGCCAAGCUGACCUCCUCAAACAUGCCAAGAACGAAGCUGUAGACCAUGUGAGGCAGAUCCACCAUGCAGGCCAGUCCUGUGGCAUAAGCCGUGCCAGCUGCCAUUCCCCUUCCCUGGAUGUCUUCAGGCCGCGAGGGGCCCUGCAAUCCAUUCCCGAGGCAGACAGUGGAGGCAGAACUGCCUCAUGAAGAAGCAUUCAGAUGCCAGCAUAGCACAGAACUUAACCUCUUGAAUAGCAGACACUUAUGUCAAAUAUUGUCAUGCGAUGUGUUGCAGACGUGUCCCAACAGCUACAGAGUAAAUUCUAGGAUCUCCCUGUAUACUGACACCAUAACCUCCGUCCCUUGAGGAGUAUGACCCUGACCUGUGAAUAUCUAAAGGAUGAUACUAAAAUACAGGAAUGCAGGAUAGAUGUCUAAUGGAAAGCAUAUAUUUUAUUUUUGUGCACUUUCAGACCAGCCUCACUUUCCCACUAUCUACACCCUUCCUACAACGUGAAAAUUUGGGGUUGGAAGGGGAGGAUUGUAUUGCUACCUCUGUACACUUUCUCCAUGCCCCACUCUCCAUUUAUUGUAAAAAAAAAAUGUGGUUUAAAUACACUUGUUUAGAUCUA